AGUCACAUGACUCUGCAGCCAGAGGUCGCAAUAGCUGACAGCAACUUUUUUUAAUCCUCAUGCUUUACGCAAGGUGUGUUUCAUCCUUAUAUUCCGAAACUCUACAUUUCGACACUUUUGGAUUUUGUUUUUAAAAAAAGAAAUAUGAGCAUCCCAGUGGUGGAUUUUGGCGAAUGCAGCCUGAGUAAGAAAGAAGUUUCUGGUGAGCAGCUGCAAAACUUGAGCAAAGAACUGAAAACAGCGUUCACAGAAGUUGGAUUUGUGUUUCUGAAAAACACCGGGAUUGUCCAGGAGGAGGUCGAUCGUGUCAUGGACAUAUCCAAGACAUUCUUCCUGCAGACAGAUGAAGAGAAAAAACCCUUCACUAGGAAAACCUUCCCUAAUAAUCUGAACCAUGGUUGGGUGUCUUUGGAGACUGAGAGGUUGAAUCCAAGUCGACCUGGAGAUCUAAAGGAGGCGUUCAACACUGCUUCACUGCACCCUGACAUAAAAUGGCCGUCAGCCGAAGCUGUAAAAAGCUUCCAGGAGAUCCAGACGUCUUUCUUCCAUCGCUGUAAGGAGCUGAGCCUGCGUGUGCUGAGGGUGAUGGCCGACAGUCUGGGUCUGGACCCCGAGGUGUUUCUCGGAGCUCAUCGUUUAAUAGGAACCGAUGGGAACGGUACGACACUGCGGUCUCUGUACUACCCUCCGGUGAACAGCGAGAAGGCGAAGGAGGGUCAGCUGCGAUGUGGAGAGCAUUCAGACUACGGCAGCAUCACCUUGUUGUUCCAGGGCUCGGAGGGUCUGCAGGUGCGAAGGCGUUCAGGUGAGUUCAUCUGUGCUCCCAGCAUCCCCGGAGCAGUCCUCGUCAACAUCGCGGACCUGAUGCAGUGCUGGACCAGCGACCAGUUUGUCUCUGUGCGCCACAGAGUUUUGCUGCCCCCUGCUGGUGACUCCAGCACACGUCAGUCUCUGGCUUUCUUCGUCCAGCCGGAUGACGAGGCUCUGAUCACCUGCAUUGAUGGCUCCAACAAAUACCCUCCUGUUACAGCCGGCGCCUACCUCAUCGAGCGCUUCAACGACUCCUAUGGACGAAGCUGAAUCUCCACCCAUGAAUUAUUUUAAUUGACACACACAUUGAC